CCUUGGCUGCUCCUCCCAGCUUUGGGGCCAAAGCCUUCCUUGCAAGCAGGUGCCAGGGGCUUGGUGCACACAGCAGCAGCCUCCCAGGCAGCAGCAGUGGGUAGCAGAUGGUAGAGAGGGUGAGCGUGGAGGGGACUAGGGCACUAGUUGGAAGCAGGAUGUCCCUUUCUCCUCUUCAUCCUGGGGCCAAGUUAGGGGUGGCGGCAAGUAAGUUCACUUAGACUGGUGAGGAGAAGCAGUGACUGGCUGAGAUCAGGGUAGCCAUGGUAGAAGGGAGGCAGAUCUGUCCCUGUGCCAACUACGAAGCUGCAGGACAUGGCUCCUGGCUGAUGUGACUAUGAGCAGAGGCCUGGAUUUCCUUAGUGGAGACAGAUCCCGAGACCAGCCCUGGGUCCCUGUGGGCACGAGUGCAUAUACAUGGCAAAAGCUGGGCCAAGAUCAGGGACAGGCAUAUACAAAACUUCCUAUGCCAUGCGGCAGAGCAGGGAGCUGUUGAUAUGGGGUGGAGGGAGGUGGAGGUUGUGGAAGGUAUCUCAGAGAAGGGCCAUUAUCUUGAGCAUCAGGAUUGUUUUAGACAAUUUGUGGCACAAAUAACCGUAUAAUGUCAGAAACCACAAUGAAAGAAGAUUCAGCCCUGGUCCCAGCACCUAGCUCAUACGGAGGUGGCUCCACGGGAGGCCAAGAUGGGCAGUGCCCUUGCCAGUGCCCACACUUCCUGCCGUUGCACAGACACAGUUGAGCUGGCGAGUCACCUGUUGUUGGAUGUUUAGCUCAGAGCCCGGCAAUGCCGUUUGGGUGUGUGACUCUGGGCGACAAGAAGAACUAUAACCAGCCAUCAGAGGUGACUGACAGAUAUGAUUUGGGACAGGUCAUCAAGACUGAGGAAUUCUGUGAGAUCUUCCGGGCCAAGGACAAGACGACGGGCAAGCUGCAUACCUGCAAGAAGUUCCAGAAGCGGGACGGCCGCAAGGUGCGGAAGGCAGCCAAGAAUGAGAUAGGCAUCCUCAAAAUGGUGAAGCAUCCCAACAUCCUGCAACUGGUGGAUGUGUUUGUGACCCGCAAAGAGUACUUCAUCUUCCUAGAGCUGGCCACGGGGAGGGAGGUGUUUGACUGGAUCCUGGACCAGGGCUACUACUCAGAGCGAGACACAAGCAACGUGGUACGGCAGGUCCUGGAGGCUGUGGCCUACCUGCACUCACUCAAGAUUGUGCACAGGAACCUCAAGCUGGAGAACCUGGUUUAUUAUAAUCGGCUGAAGAACUCAAAGAUUGUCAUCAGUGACUUCCACCUCGCUAAGCUAGAGAAUGGCCUCAUCAAGGAGCCCUGUGGGACCCCUGAGUACCUGGCCCCAGAGGUGGUAGGCCGGCAGCGGUAUGGACGCCCUGUGGACUGCUGGGCCAUUGGCGUCAUCAUGUACAUCCUGCUUUCAGGGAACCCGCCUUUCUAUGAGGAGGUAGAGGAAGAUGACUAUGAGAACCAUGACAAGAAUCUCUUCCGCAAGAUCCUGGCUGGCGACUAUGAGUUUGACUCUCCAUACUGGGAUGACAUUUCGCAAGCAGCCAAAGACCUGGUCACAAGGCUGAUGGAGGUGGAACAAGACCAGCGGAUCACUGCGGAAGAGGCCAUCUCCCAUGAGUGGAUUUCUGGCAAUGCUGCUUCUGAUAAGAACAUCAAGGAUGGUGUCUGUGCCCAGAUUGAAAAGAACUUUGCCAGGGCUAAGUGGAAGAAGGCUGUCCGAGUGACUACCCUCAUGAAACGGCUCCGGGCACCAGAGCAGUCCAGCACGGCCGCAGCCCCGUCUGCCCCAGCCACAGACACUGCCACCCCUGGGGCUACAGGUGGGGCCAUAGCUGCAAGUGGAGCUGCCCCAGCCCCUGGGGGCAGUGCCACCUCAGCCACAGUGGGUGAUGCUGCUCUUGCUGCAAAGAGUGAUAAUGUAGCCCCUGCAGACCGUAGUGCUACCCCAGCCACAGAUGGCAGUACCACCCCAGCCACUGAUGGGAGCAUCACCCCAGCCACCGAUGGGAGCAUCACCCCAGCCACCGAUGGGAGUGUCACCCCAGCCACCGACAGGAGUGUUACUCCAGCCACUGAUGGGAGAGCCACACCAGCCACAGAAGAGAGCACCGUGCCCACUACUCAAAGCAGUGUCACACUGGCCACCAAGGCAGCUGCCACCCCUGAGCCGGCUUUGGCCCAGCCGGACAGCACAGCCCCAGGGGGCACAACAGGCCAGGCUCCACCCUCUAGUAAAGGGGAAGAGGCUGCGGGCUAUGCCCAGGAGUCUCGGAGGGUGGAGACCAGCUGAGCAGGCAGGCUGAUGGGGGGCAGGGAAUGGGCAGGAGGGUGGGAGAGUGGCUGAGGGGCUUCUCACUGUACAUAGAGUCACUGGCAUGAUGCCCUCGCUCCUCCCAGCCCCUCCCUCCCAGCGUGGGGCAUGUCUGGGGGCCACGGGAGAGCAGUCUCAUCUCCUGUGUGUGUGCGUGAGUGGUGGGCCGGCCAGAGGCAGGACUGGCCCCAGCCCCUGCAUGGAUUCCUUGUGGCUUUUCUGUCUUUUGCUAGCUUCACCAAUUUCUGUUCCUUGUGGGAUGCUGCUCUAGGGAUACUCAGGAGGUCCCUGCUCCCUUUCCCCUUUCCUUUUUUGCCUCACAAUCCCCCUAGGCAGGCCCUGCAGGUCCCAUCCUCUCCCAGGCCCUAAACUUGGGUGGCCUUGCCCUAAGAGCUGGUCCUCCAGCGAGGCCCUGUCAGCGGUCUUAGGCUCCUGCACAUGAAGGUAUGUGCCUGUGGUAUGUGGGCUGCUCUAGGAGUGGACACAGGCUGGUAUAGAGAAUGCAAAAGUCUAGGGCAGUAUGCUUUAAGACAAGACUGGUCGUAUGGCUAGGGGCACUGCUUGGUAGACAUGGGGGUCCUCAGAAGUGAAAGAAUGAGUAGGAGGGUAGAAGCUUCCAUCUUUGUCCCAAGGAAGUCCCUCCCAAGACCCUUGUGCUGUUUCCUAGCCUCCUGGGUCCUGCAAGUAGGUUGGCCUGUGUCCUGAGUUUCAUGAAACAGUAAGGGGAAGGAGAAGCAAUUAGGAUGUAGCAAUGAGAACUGGGAGGGCAGAGUGCAGACCCAGCACCUAGUGUACCAGCCUAGCUGGCUCCUUACCCUGGGCCAAACAGGAAGGGCUGAUAUCCCCUGACUCUUCCCAGAUAGGCCCACUCAGGCUCAGUCCACAGUCCUCUCUAUCCCAGGGCGCCUGCCACACGGCAGUGUCCCAUAGUCUCAUUUGGGGUGUGCCCUUCAUAGGGGCAGAUUUUCGGGUCCCUAAUUCAAUGACAAAAUAGAGAGGAACCCCCUCUAUGUCUAUGACCCACUUCCCUUUAUAUCAGGGCUUAGAGGCCCAGGUACCUCUGAGCCAUGCUGACUUGCUUUUGCUGGGAUGAGGAAGUGGAAUAAGGCUCCCUAGUUUCCUGAUGGAGGCUCCUGGCAGGUGCCCUUUGUCAGACCCCACCACAGCCUGGGCUGGCAGCCACACUGGUCCUGGCCCUCGCUUGGCACUCUGGUGGCAGUCCUGCCCUUCUCCCUGCAUGCCUGUGGGUCUGCUCUGGUGUAUGAAGGUCAGUGGGUUGUGUGCCUGCUGAACCUGGCAAAUAAAUGUCACCCUGCCAAA